UUGGACUGGCUCCCAGACCCUGCUCUACUGCCCCAGCCUGGAGACCUGGCUCUGGGGACUUUAUAAGCUGUCUGAACCUCUGGGGACCAUGGAAGGCAGAGCCAGAACCCUGAACUUCACUGCCCUUCUUUGCCUGGGGCUGUGUUGGGGACCAUGGGACCAGGUGCAGGCAGGGACCCUCCCCAAGCCCUCUAUUUGGGCUGACCCAGGCUUCAUGGCCACCAAGGGGAGCCCUGUGACCCUCUGGUGUCAGACGUCUCUGCAGGCUGAUGGCUAUUACCUGUUUAAAGAGAGGGUCUCUAGACAUUUUUCCAUGGAGAUCUCCCAGGAUUCCAAAACCAAAGCCAGUUACUCCAUUGAAUUCAUGAGCACACAUGAGGCAGGGCGAUACCAGUGUGCAUAUCAGAGCAGGAAGAGCUUGUCACAGCUGAGUGACUUCCUGACCCUGGUGGUGACAGGAGUAUUUGAGGCACCCACCCUCUCAGCUAACCCAGGCCCUGUGGUGGCCUCAGGAGUGAACAUGUCCCUCUCCUGUAGUUCACGUUACCCAAGGUACUCAUUCCAUCUGCUGAAGGAGCAGGGAGCUGAUGUGCCCCAACGCCUGGAAUUGACGAUCCUUCGUGAGAGGUACCGGGCACUCUUCCCUGUGGGCCCUGUGAACACCUCCCAUGGGGGGACCUACAGAUGCUACAUUUCUGAACAGUUGUACCCGUAUUCAUGGUCACACCCCAGUGACCCCCUACACCUUCAGGUCACAGGUGCCUACAGGGAGCCCUCACUCAUGGCCCAGCCGGGCUCACUGGUUCAUUCUGGAGACAACCUGACCCUGCAGUGUCGCUCAGAAGCUGGCUUUAAUAGAUUCGCUCUGACCAAGGAUGAGGAGCUCAGACCGGCCCAGCAUCUGGAUGGUCAACCCAGCCCCGACUUCCCCCUGGACACUGUGAGCCACACCCACGGGGGCCGGUACAGGUGCUACAGUGGACACAACCUCUCCUCCACAUGGUCAGCACCCAGUGCCCCUCUGGACAUCCUGAUCACAGGAAUAUACCCAAAACCAUCCCUCUCAGCCCAGCCUGGGCCUUCAGUAUCCUGGGGAGAGAAUGUGACCCUGCGGUGUCGCUCUGAGAUCUGGUUCAAUACCUUCCACCUGUCCAAGGAGGGGUCCCUUGCUCCUCCCCAGCACCUUCAUCUGCAGGAUACAGCUACACUGUAUGAGGUCAACUUCACCCUGAAUCCUGUGACCUCAGACCACCAGGGGACCUACAGGUGCUACAGCUCACGCAACUCCUCCCCCUACCUGUUGUCAAGUCCCAGUGACUCCCUGGAGCUCCUUGUCUCAGCCUCAAACAGCCAAGAUUAUACGGUGCAGAAUCUCAUCCGGUUCGGCAUGUCCGCCUUGGUCCUGAUGGUUCUUGGGGUGCUGCUCUUUCAAGCUCAGCAUAGUCAGAGAAGACCCCAAGGUGCAGCCAGGACUUAACUGUAAGUGAGACAAGACCGACUGUUCAGUGAGGUAGAACAUUGGAAAUGAAUUGAGGAUAUCAAGAGGUUCUGGAAGAAAAUCUGGGCAUAAGCUAGAGAAACAGUCUGCUGAGAAUAUUCUGUGUAUAAACAUGGUUUGGGCGCAGAAAAAGUCUGGAUUGGUGCUGUAGUGCCUCAUAUGCAAAUAAACUGUA